GAAUUAAGUACAACAACAGUGCUAUUGUGGCGCUAUCAUAUGGUAAGGUAGGAAGUUUGAGAUCAGAUAGAUUACUCAAUACACGUCACAUGUUUGGUUCAUCACACAAUGAUACAUAUUUACACGGUGUUUUUGUUGAAAUAAUGUUUAAAAAAUAGUGAGCAAUUAGUCUUGAAAUUAAAUCAAAGCGUGAUUAACAUAUAUAAGAAAUAUAUACAGCAUUACCCAUUUGCUAUUACAAAAUUUGAAAAUUAAGAUGACAAAACUAAUGGAGUGGCUUUUAUUUGCUGUUUUAUUUUUUAGUAUAUGGAUUGCUACAAUUACUGAAAGUGUUAAUUUAUCAUUUAUCAAAGAAUGGAAACAAUUUGUCCUCCUUCUUCCACCCAUUGCUUUAUUUGUAUGCAGUCUAUAUGCAGCUACUAUUAUUUUAUAUAGAGUUCUUACAUUUAACAACUGUGAACAUGCAGCUAUUGAAUUGCAGGAACAAAUAGAGGAAGCUAAGAAAGAUCUUCAGAAUAAAGGUGUGGUCUUAAAGUGCAAGUGAAUUAACUUAUUUUUAUAUAAUAUGUAAUCCAGUAAUGCAUAUUAAGUAAUUAAUAUAUG